GUGCGCGCCGCGUGCACAUUACACAGGACGUGCGAUGUCUCGUGUAGUGCGGUCUGGGGAUGCGGAGGCACGAGAGCCACUUCUCACCGGUGACCGCCUGCAGCCAAGCGACUUUGACACAGAUGAUGGUGACAUCAUUUUCGACAGGAGCACUGCUAACAUCCCACAUGACGCUGAUAAGAGUGCACAAAGAAGAUUAACAUACGAGGAAGCAGUAGAAGAAGCAGGUUUUGGGUUAUUCCAUGCAUUCCUGUUGGUGGUGUGUGGAUGGGCCAAUGCCAGCGAUGCUGUAGAGAUUCUGUGUGUGUCCUUUCUCCUGCCAACAGCACGCUGCGAUCUGCAGCUGAGCUCUUCAGACAUGGGCCUGCUGACUGCCAGCAUUUUCCUUGGAAUGAUGGUGGGUGGCUACCUGUGGGGAUAUUUGGCUGACCAGAGGGGGCGCCACAGGGUCUUGGUCAUGUCCCUGACAGUCAACGGGCUGUUCGGCGCUCUGGCCAGCUUGGCUCCGUGGUUCUGGCUCUUCCUGCUGUUGCGCUUCAUCAGCGGUGUGGGAGUUGGCGGUUCGAUCCCUGUUAUAUUCUCCUACUUCUCAGAGUUCCUGCCCCGUCUGAGGAGAGGUGCAAUGAUCAGUGCUCUGGCCACAUUCUGGAUGGCAGGAAACAUCCUGGCUGCAGGCCUGGCCUGGUUAGUGAUUCCAAGUUCCUGGGCUCACAUUUCCUUGGGAGGGCAUGAGUUUAAGAGCUGGAGAGUAUUUGUGGUGCUGUGCUCCGCACCCGGCCUCACCUCCGCUGUUCUUUUCAGGCUGUUCAUGCCCGAGAGUCCCAAGUUCCUCAUGGAGGCUGGCCAGGAGAAACAGGCACUCCGUGUUUUCCGUUUGAUGUUUGAAGUAAACCAGUGGGGAAAAGACACGUCCUUUCCAAUAUUUGGCUUGCAUACCAACUCCAUGCAAGGACGGGUAUCAGGGGAGAACAGGGGUCGGGGUUCAAACGGAGAACGUCUUGCCAGCCUUUUGAAAAUGGGCCUGGUGCCCAUUAGACAGCUGUUUCAUGGUCCACUCAGAUCCAGGAGCAUCGCUCUGCUGGUUAUCUUCUACUGCAUCUCCUUCGGCUACUAUGGGCUGUGGAUGUGGCUGCCCGAACUGUUUGAGAAAGCUGAGGUGGAAGGCUCCCCCUGCGCAAGCGCACCCCUCCCAUCUCCACUCCACAACAAAACCUGCUCUCCAGUCACGACAGCAGUGUAUAAGGAGGGCUUCCUCACCGCUGUCUCAAACUUGCCAGGCAACAUCUUCACCAUUCUUAUGAUGGACCACAGCGGCGGGAAGGCACUGCUUUCUUGCAGUAUGCUAGUGUCCAGCAUCAGUGUCUUCCUCAUCUAUGUGGUCCAGACCAAAGGUCAGAGCCUCAUCCUGUCCUGUGUCUUCAGUGCAGUGUCUGUCAUCUCCUGGAAUGCCCUGGACGUCAUGGGAACGGAGCUUUACCCAACUCACUUACGGUCCUCUGCCCUUGGUUUCUUCACAGGAAUUGGCCGAGUAGCAGCGAUCAUGGGAAAUGUAGUUUUUGGAAAGCUGGUGGACACAAACUGUGCUGUUCCAGUCCUGCUGGUGUCUACUCUGCUUCUGACAGGAGGAUUAGCAGCCCUCCUGCUUCCACAAACCAAGCAGACAGAGCUCACCUGAUCCCUCAGGGUCUCUUCCACCAUAUCUUACAAGUACAUGCAAAUUAGACACAAACACCCCCUUAGCUCUUGUGGAACCAGACUAGGGGAUCGAUGCCUAGAAGCUCUCUGCUGAUACAUUUUGCCUACAUCCUAAAUCCUGUGCCUUGUGUCUUCUCUGUUGAUUUUCCUCCUACCUUGAAUGGUGCCUCUUUUAAGAUGCCAGAAAUACCAAGAGAAAAUAUUGUUAAAGGGCAUUGGUCUCUGUCUGCCUUCCAAGUGCUAUUAUUCAACAAAGUGACUAGGAAGACAUGGCAGUGGAAUAUUAUGAGCUUGUGACAUAAGUGCCGAGGAAGCAUACCAUCCAAUUGAACCACAAGGACACCUCCAAAAAGUUGAAGCGAGUUUCUAAUCUCAAAAUGAAGUUUCUUUUUAUCUUAUUUUUCAAAAAGGAUUGUGCUGAAAAUGAUGUUAUAAAACAUUCUGGGGUACAAUCAGUGAUUGGAUCAGAGACUGAUGCGCGUGUGCUCAGUUAAAAAAAAAAAAAAAAAAAAAAUCUCCUUGAAUGCUGUUGUCACCUUGAUCUUGAAAGAAUGUUCUGGCUUUUAAGCAGCAAUACUGAUUAUCCGAUUAUUCAGCCCAGGCUGUUAUUUGGUGCUUAAGAGGCAGAAAGUGUAGUGCUAUUCAGUGGGGCUUAAAAGCAUUUUUCAGAAAAAUAUCACACAGCCCAACACCAUGUGUUGUCAGACUGUCCCUGUAUAAAGUGACUAUGUGUCAUUUUUUUCUUCUUCGGGGCAUAUUGUAAGCAUUAAUCUCAGUUAACAUAACCCUGUUGAAAGGAACCAUUUCAUGAAAAAAGAGGUUGGCUUCUUAAAAACUAGAGCUGUUCCUUAUGUUAUACAUAAAUGCACAAUAAGCUGUGCAUGAUAUAUAAAUACUGUGCACAGCAUCAGCAUUCAUUGGAAGGAAGUAAACGGGUAUGUUAAAAGCAUUAUUAUUAUUGACAUGGAAAGCAAAACACUAUUGAAGAAGAACGUAGGAAGAUGUUGAAAUCAGGGACGUAUUUCCACUGCCAGUUUGCAUCGUGCUGUACACGUUCCUCUGUUUUUUUUUACACAACAGGACCAAUAGUCAGUUCAGCAUUCAGUGGAAGACCAAAGAGUGCCAGUGUCCUCCUACAAUCACAGCAGUACGUCUGUGUUCAGACGUUUUCGCAGUGCUUCAUGACUACCAAAGUAGUUGCAAAUAAACUGUUUUGUUUC